UAACCAUGGAGAAAGAGAGAAGGAUCAUAUAUAAGAAAUUACUAUUAAUAGAGGCUUCUCUUCUGUCGAUUUAGGCGAAAUGAUGACGACAUCGCCUUCUACAAGCUUCAACCCACUUCACUUCCGCCCCGCCCCCUCCCCUUAAUUAUCUUGACCCAAACACUAGAAAAUUUGAAGCCAAGGUUACACGACGUAUAUCCGGGUAACAAUCAUCACGAUCAUACAGGUUGGGACUGGACAAAACAGUCGAGUCGUAUAUAUAAAAGCUUGGCUUGGCACAAAACAUUUCAUUAAGAAACGGUAGUUGAUCGAAUCAGUAUUUAUACAGAGACAGCUAUAUUUGCUUGUUGACUUUCGCUGAUCGUCGAGGGGACUUCAGACUUAGCAGUACACUCUAAAAAGGGUUCAGAAUUCGGCUCUCAAAGUCAAGGUUUCCGCGAAACAAGUAAAUAUGAUGAAAAUAUUUCUUCUCGCGUUUGCAUACAUGAUGUGCACCAUCUCCAUGGCCUGGGGAUGCGUGAGUGGUGCGGGCCCAUCGUGGGAGAUAAGCCAGCCAGGUGGACGUAGACCUGGACCAGGAGGUAGACCUGGACCUAGACCUAGACCAGGUGUUGUCGGGCCAGAAGAACCAGAACGCCCCGUGGGACCAAGCCUCCCAAGCAUACCCGUCGAGGUGGCGAAAUACUUCGCUGGACUGGUCAGCAAGGAAUCAGCUUUCGCAAGCAUUGAUCUCGAUGGUAAUGGUCUGGUUUGCAUACAAGAGUGGAAAUUGGGAGGCGGCGCCGUGACAGAAUUCAAUUACAUGCUCAUUCGCCUUGACGCUAAUGGCGAUAAACUUAUCUCACUUGCUGAGCUACAACCUUUUAGUGUACCGACUGCACCAACGAAAAGAACCAUUGAGAACUUGGACCUACCAGAGCGUUUGCCUCGCCUACCGGAGCCCUUGCCUCGCCUACCAGAGCCUUUGCCUCGCCUACAGGAGAACGUACUUCUCCCGUACGAUCCAAGAAGACCGCGUGGCCCUCGCGGCCGAAUCCAACCAAGAAAAUAAGUUCCAGAUUCCAUGAACAACACCAUCGGCAUUUUAAUCACCGUGGAGGACUUCAUGAGCGCCGAUGUUUCAAGCUGGAACGCCACUAAAGUGUAAGAAAUCGAAGAAGAUAAACCCACACAUGCCCAUUGUCCAGAGACGUUUUCAACUGAAUAUUAAAUGCAUUGCGUACACACGUACAAGCUAAUCCUGAACGCGGUCAAUCAAAAAAGUGUAAUGAUUAUUUUUACCCAAAUUUAUGGAAUGAUUUGACAAUGAUUUAUUUCUAAUAGAUCUAGAUAGCAGUAUUCAUUCUCAGAUUUUAUGGAAUAAUAAUUUGCGAGUCUUUGUUUUGCGUGACUGCUAAAGCAUGUGUGUGGUAAAAAUAAUUAUUCCACCAUUAUGACCAACAGUGUAUCUUCUAAUGGCGGUAGACUUUUGAACCUAUUAUUCCAAUUAAAUUAUUUGAAUUAGUCCUUGUUUGUAAGGAUGCUAAGGUUAGGCCUACGCUCCAAAUUAAUGAAUUAAAAAAAAAAAAUUACAUACAUCCCUGAUUAUAAUGCUGGUUAGACCCAACUAGGGUACCUGCGAUUUAGCCUUUACCAUGUAUUUUGUAAUAAUGUUAUUCAUCAAUGCCUUACCAAAAUGCACUAAAGCAUCGACUUGGUAUUGAACCGGGAACCUAUCUAUUACGAGACCAAUGCUCGACCAUUGAGCCUCUGAUAUUCGUAAGAACGCACGGCUGAUGAAUCGCACAUAAUUUAUAUGUAAAGGCGUGUCAGAAUAACAGUCAAAAUUAAGGCAAUGUAUCAGACCUCAACAUUUU